GCGGGCCCGCCCCUCCUGCCGGCUACGUGACCUCGCGGGAUCCUGCAGGGGGUCUGUGCGACGGCGGGCUCGCAGGUGAGCGUCGCGCACUGGUGAGCGGCCGUCGGCAGGCACGGGUGCGUAGCAGGCCUCCCGGAGCUCCCACACGGCCCAGGCAGGCAGGCGUCCACCAUGGCUGUGCUGUGGGCACCCUGUUCCCGGCUGCUGGUGGGGGCCUGCACCCUCAUCUCCUUGGCCACGGUUGUCCUCCUGGGACACGUCCUGUUUUGUGACUUCCCAGUGGUCCCUCGAGAGCUGCGAGACUUUCCUCAAGGGCUGGAAGAGACUGCCCACGCUCACCAGCCAGGAGCCAGCGGGCCAGAGCCCUGGCGUGCCCAGAAACACCCUGGCCAGCCUGGAGCAGCACCAGCACAGUGUGACAUCCCUCCCGACAGCCGCUUUGACUGUGCCCCUGACAAGGCUGUCACCCAGGAGCAGUGCGAGGCCCGUGGGUGCUGCUAUGUCCCAGCAAGGCAGCACCCUGGGCCCCCCCUGAUGGGGCAGCCCUGGUGUUUCUUCCCCUCCAGCUAUCCGAGCUACCGCCUGCAGAACCUCAGCUCCUCAGAGAUGGGCUACACAGCAACCCUGACCCGAGCUACCCCCACCUUCUUCCCCAAGGACAUCCUGACCUUGCAGCUGGACGUGUUGAUGGAGACAGAGAGCCGCCUGCACUUCACGAUCAAAGACCCCGCCGACAAGCGCUACGAGGUGCCCUUGGAGACCCCGCGUGUGCACAGCCGGGCGCCGUCCCCCCUCUAUAGCGUGGAGCUCUCCGAGGAGCCCUUCGGGGUGGUGGUGCGCAGGAAGCUGGACGGCCGGGUGCUGCUGAACACCACCGUGGCACCCCUGUUCUUCGCCGACCAGUUUCUCCAGCUAUCCACCUCCCUACCCUCUCGGUACAUCACUGGCCUUGCUGAGCACCUUAGCCCCCUGAUACUCAAAACCGAAUGGACCAGGGUCACCCUCUGGAACCGGGACUUGGCCCCCUUGCCCAGUGCCAAUCUCUAUGGGUCACACCCUUUCUACCUGGCUCUGGAGGAUGGCGGCUCAGCCCAUGGAGUCUUCCUGCUGAACAGCAAUGCCAUGGAUGUGGUCCUGCAGCCCAGCCCAGCCCUCACCUGGAGGUCAACAGGUGGGAUCCUGGAUGUGUAUGUCUUCCUGGGACCAGAGCCCAAGAGCGUGGUGCAGCAGUACCUGGACGUCGUGGGGCGCCCCUUCAUGCCACCGUACUGGGGCCUGGGCUUUCACCUCUGUCGCUGGGGCUACUCCUCCACUGCCAUCCUCCGCCAGGUGGUACAGAACAUGACCAGGGCCCACUUCCCCCUGGAUGUGCAGUGGAACGACCUGGACUACAUGGACGCACAGAGGGACUUCACUUUCAACCGGGAUGGCUUUGCAGACUUGCCAGCCGCUGUGCACGAGCUCCACCAGGGCGGCCGGAAGUACAUGAUGAUUGUGGAUCCUGCCAUCAGCAGCUCAGGCCCUGCUGGCAGUUAUAGACCCUAUGACGAGGGUCUGCGGAGGGGGGUUUUCAUCACCAAUGAGACCGGGCAGCCACUGAUUGGAAAGGCUGUGACUCCACAGGGCCCUGGUGCACGCUCUGGCUGGGGCCAAGUCUCCCCUUGGCCUCUCGCUGUCCAGGUAUGGCCUGGACCCACUGCCUUCCCGGACUUCACCAACCCCGAGGCCCUUGACUGGUGGCAGGACAUGGUGUCCGAGUUCCAUGCCCAAGUGCCCUUCGACGGCAUGUGGAUUGACAUGAAUGAACCGUCCAACUUUGUGAGGGGUUCUGAGCAUGGCUGCCCGGACAACGAGCUGGAAAACCCACCCUAUGUGCCGGGAGUGGUCGGUGGGACCCUGCAGGCAGCCACUAUUUGUGCCUCCAGCCACCAGUUCCUGUCCACACACUACAACCUCCACAACCUAUAUGGCCUGACAGAAGCCAUGGCCUCCCACAGGGCCCUGGUGAAGGCUCGGGGGACGCGCCCCUUUGUGAUCUCCCGCUCAACCUUUGCUGGCCAUGGCCGGUACGCCGGCCACUGGACGGGAGACGUGUGGAGCAGCUGGGAGCAGCUUUCCUACUCUGUGGCGGAAAUCCUGCAGUUUAACCUGCUGGGGGUGCCCCUGGUUGGGGCAGAUAUCUGCGGCUUCCUGGGGAACACCUCGGAGGAGCUGUGUGUGCGUUGGACCCAGCUAGGAGCCUUCUAUCCCUUCAUGCGCAACCACAAUGACCUGCACAGCCAGCCCCAGGAGCCAUACAGAUUCAGCGAGCCUGCGCAGCAAGCCAUGAGGAAAGCCUUUGCCCUGCGCUAUGCACUGCUGCCCUACCUCUACACUCUGUUCCACGGCGCCCACGUCAGGGGCGAGACCGUCGCCCGGCCCCUCUUCCUGGAGUUCCCCAAGGACCCCAGCACCUGGACCGUGGACCGGCAGCUCCUGUGGGGUCAGGCUCUGCUCAUCACACCUGUACUCGAGCCUGGGAAGACUGAAGUCACCGGCUACUUCCCCUCGGGCACGUGGUAUGACCUGCAGAUGGUACCAGUAGAGGCCCUGGGCAGCCUCCCGCUUCCGCCCCCAAAGUCCCCCAGCCCUGCCAUCCACAGUGAGGGGCAGUGGGUGACGCUUCCGGCCCCCCUGGACACCAUCAAUGUGCACCUGCGGGCUGGGACCAUCGUGCCUCUGCAGGCCCCUGGCCUCACAACCACAGAGUCCCGAAAGCAGCCCAUGGCCCUGGCUGUGGCCCUGACCCCGCGUGGUGAGGCCCAGGGGGAGCUGUUCUGGGACGAUGGGGACAGCCUUGGGGUGCUGGAACGCGGGGCCUACACGCAGGUCGUCUUCCUGGCCGGGAACAACACCAUUGUGAACCAGCUGCUGCGCCUGACCAAGGAGGGGGCGGACCUGCAGCUGAGGAAAGUGACCGUCCUGGGGGUGGACACGGCCCCCCGGCAGGUCCUCUUCAACAGUGUCCCUGUCUCCGACUUCACCUACAGUCCAGACACCAAGACCCUGGCCAUCCCUGCCGCGCUGUCCAUGGGGAAGCAGUUCCGUAUCAGCUGGGCCUAGUGGCAGCAGUGCCCAUCUUGCCAGGGAGGUGCUGCCGGGUGGGUGAAGCAGAGCUGCGGUUCCUGAGCACGUUGGUUCCAGAGGCACCAAGCACAGGAUGGCUGUUGAGCCCAGCACUGGUCUCCUAACUUGUCUGAGAGUGCACCACACACACACACACCACCGUCAGUGCCCUCGGCCACUGUGUAAGGACGUCAUACGGCGAGGCUGGCUGCCCCUGGCCUGUGACCAGGUGCAGCAGUGUCAGCUGCCACCACCGCCCUUUGUCCCUGCCCCCAGAGAAGGUGACACCCAGGACACAGACACUGUACCCACGCCAAAACCAAGCCCUGUGGGUGCAGCGGCUGUGAACCCACAGAAGGACAAAGCUGGUGACACUGUGGAGUCCACAGACGUGAGGAACUGCUGCCUGGGAAGUAUCAUUACGGUUAAUAAAAGGGACUUUGAGAACCA